AUGGCAGCUUAUGCAGCUCUUGCUUCUCUCUUGAACACUAUUAAGCAGAUGAUGACCCAUCCUCCUAUUUCCACUUCUUUCCACAACAUUCAGAUCCAAUCUCUUGAGGAAAAGGCUGCUUUGUUGCUUGAUUUCAUUGAGACCUAUAAUUAUGGUGGUGGAGUUAGCGAAGAAGCACAAGAUCUGGAAAGCCAAAUCACAUCUGCUGCUCAUACAGCUGAGGAUAUGAUUGAAUCACACAUCGUCAAUCAACUCCUUCCUCUUUCAGCGCAUGAUCGCGAAGCAGCUUUCAGUUUCUCUCUCUAUCUACAGAAAAAGAGGGCAAUUGAAGGGGAAAAUGCAGCUGCAGUUGGAGAUGUGGAUCAAUUUCAUGGUGGAUCCAACCAAGCAAUUGAAGAGCCUGCACCUCAUGUAGCUAGAGGUGGAUGCUGGAUCAAUUUCAUGCAGCUCAUUAAGAGAAAAAGGGCGAUUCAACCGAAAAAUGAAGCUGCAGUUGGAGAUGUGGAUCAGUUUCACGGUGAAUCCAACCAAACAAUUGAAGAGCAUGCACCUCAUGUGGCUGCAGGAGAAGCACGAGAUCUGGAAAGCCUAAUCGCAUCUGCAGCUCAUACGGCUGAAGAUAUGAUUGAAUCUCACAUCGUCAAUCAAAUCCUUCCUCUUUCCGCUGAGGAUCGGGAAGCAGCUUUGAGUUUCUCCUUGUAUCUACAGAAAAAAAGGGCAAUUCAAGAGAAAAAUGCAGCUGCAGUUGGAGAUGUUGAUCAAUUUCAUGGUGAAUAUAACCUCAGCAACUUCGACUAUCUGCGGCAGAUAAUUGAAGACAUGGAUGCUAUCAUCGAAAAGGCCAAUGAGUUGAAGGAGAAACAGAGAUUCACAGAGGAGCAUUCAACACCUCCUCUUACUCUUACUCAGAACAGAGAAGAAACUUCUAUGGUGGGAUUUGGUGAUGAGUUGAUUCAACUUCUCGACGAGCUCACGGGUCAACAAUCCAAUCUGCAAAUCAUCUCAAUCGUCGGUAUGGGCGGCAUGGGUAAGACUAAUCUUGCCAAAAAUAUUUAUUCUAAUCAACUCAUCAUCGAACGCUUUGAUAUUCGUGCUUGGGCUACCGUUUCUCAGCAAUACAAUGCUAAACAAAUUCUUCAACAACUUCUUUCUGACAAAGACAACUCCUCCAAUAAAAAGGUAGAUGAAUUAGGAGAACAGUUACAUAAAACUUUAUUUGGUAGAAGAUACUUGAUCAUAUUAGAUGACAUAUGGAGUGUUGAAGCUUGGGAUGAAGUGAGCCAUUUCUUUCCCAAUAACAGAAAUGGAAGCCGGAUUGUUCUAACUACUAGGUUGUCUGAUGUGGCUAACAAUUGUGGCUCUUCUUGUUUUUCAAAGAAUCUUCUAGAUGAGAAUGAAAGUUGGGAGUUAUUCUGUAAGAAGGCAUUCCAAAAUAAAGAUUGCCCUGCUGAACUUGAGGAAGUUGGAAAGGAGAUUGUUAGAUUAUGCAAAGGACUAGCAUUGUCCAUUGUUGUAAUUGGUGGGAGUCUUCUAAAGUCUCCUAGGACUGUACGAUAUUGGAAGAGUGUUGCCAAAGAUAUCGAACUAAGUCCCAAUUCAAAAGAGAAGCAAGAAAGCUUAGAUGUACUGUUUUCAAGUUAUAACCACUUGCCUUCUCAUCUUAAGCCUUGCUUUCUUCAUAUUGGAGUUCUUAAGAGUAUUAAUUAUGCAAACCUCGAUAUCUUAAGUAUCAUCCAACUUUGGGUUGCGGAGGGAUUUAUGAAAUCAAAUGGAGACCGAGUUUUAGAAGAGAUUGCAGAGGAUUACUUGAAGGAACUUAUUGACAGAAAUCUGAUAUUAGUUGAGAAGCGAAGUAGAAAUGGGAAGAUGAAACGUUGUGAUAUUCAUGAUCUUUUAAGGGACCUGUGCUUAAAAGUAGCUGAGGAACAAGGGUUUUUUCAUGUGAUCACUCAAGGCCCUGUACUAGGCACAGAACGUCGCAUCGUAUAUAAGAAUGCUUCCCGGGGGAGAGAAACCGAUAGACUUCCACUUGCACGCAGUAUCAUGGAAUGUGAAUUACACAAGGAGAAUUAUAAAUAUAGAUUGGUGAGAAUUUUGAAAGUAAACAAUCAGGGGUCACUUGAUCAAGUGCCAUGUGAGAGUGUUAACUUGCGCCAACUUGUAUUGUGGGGACCUGGUUUUGAGGGUGUGUUGGAGCUUCCCAGUUCAUUAUCCUUGGUAUGGAAUCUGCAGGCUUUAAUCUUUCAGAAAUCUGGAUGGUACAGACCUCAAGUUGUCGCACCAAUUGAAAUUUGGAAGAUGCGACAACUUAGGCAUAUCGAGUGUUAUCAAAUUUAUGUUCCUCAUCCCGAUAGAGAAGAUGAGUUGUUAAUCUUGGAAAAUCUUCAUAUGCUUCGGGAAGCAGUGAAUUUGAGGUUGAGUGAGGAUGUGUGCAACAUCAUUCCCAACAUCAAGAUACUGCAUCUAGUUUAUGAUCGUAAGUUGCAAGGAUGGGAUGAUAGUUUGAUUGAGUGUUUGUGUAAUCUUGAUCGCUUGCAUAAACUUGAAUCACUCAAACUGACAGGCGAGACUAGGUGGAAGAAUGUGUUUUCUAAGCUGAAUGAGAUAGUCUCAUUUCCGAGAUCGCUAAACAAGUUGAGCUUGAGUCUGAUCGAUUUUGAAUGGGAUGAUCUGACAAUGAUUGGUUGGCUGCCCAUGCUAGAAGUUCUCGAGGUAGAUCAUAACUAUGCGAGGGAGGAAAAUAGGACGUGGAGUCCCGUUGAUGGGCAAUUUCAACGCCUCAAGUUCUUGAGAUUGUAUUCCUGUCAUCUGAGAUGUUGGAAUGCAGAUAGUUGUCAUUUCCCAAUUCUGGAGAAGCUUCAUCUUACUUGGCUACGUCACUUGGAAGCGAUCCCAUGGGGUAUCGGUGAGAUACCAACGCUCAAACUUAUUCAUGUGAGAAAAUGUAGUAACUCUGCCGCGAUUUCAGCUAUUAAAAUAAAAGACGAGCAGCUCGAGUGUCAGGGCAACGAUGAUCUUCAAAUCCAAGUUGAUGUCUUGAAAGGUAGAUUGGAGAGCUUCAUGGCAAUGGUGGAAACAGAGGGCUUGACGCUCAAUAAUGUUCAAUUUAAUCUAUUUGAUUGA